AGACAGACACACAGACAUGAAACGCACACGCAGAACCAUAAUAAUGCAAGCUUGGUUGUGUCUUACGUAGCAUUCGUGUAGGGGGGAAAAUACAGUACACGCUGGUGGCAGGAGACAGGACCAAUACGAGGAAAUGCACGAUGGAGAGAUCGGUCGGGGAUAUUUUUAAAAUGUGCGUUUUUUUGUCUUCACGGAAUUUGUAUUUUAGAUGAGUGAUACAAAAAUACUGGCAUUGGUGGAAACACUCCGUCGGCAGUAGUAGGUCGACAGUAUAGGCAACACAAUAGACCAUCUCUCACACCGUGUUUAAUUGCGGAUUAAGGAAAAUCAGACGGAGGAGGGGAAGGGAAAUAGAACAACAAGGAGACGUUUAUUAUUAGCGGGGAACAGACAGAAAAGGAGAGGAAGACGUGCGGGGGUCUGGUUGAAAUCGUCGCUCGAAUGGUUGUGCAGUGGAUCCCGCGACUAUGCGACGACAGUGCUGGAUGAUAGUGCUAGCGGGAAUGAUGUCGUAUUUCAACCCGGAGAGAGCCCUGGGAGCCCCGCAGAGAGAAGUUUCUCAGUCCAGGGGUGCCACCCUCUCUCCACCACCCUAUGUCGUCAUUCUCAUCUCUUGUUCUGGACUCGUUUCCUUUGUUCUUUUACUUCUGGCCUGUCUGUGCUGCAAAAGAGGAGGAGUGGGAUUCAAUGAGUUUGACAAUGCUGAGGGGGAGGAAUGUUCCGGGGCUUCCAGUCCCCCCCCUGAGGACAGCCUGUCCUCUUGCCCCUCACUGCCUGAGGUCUACACCUUGCCCCUUCGAGACAGGGCUAUAUGCCCUGCUAUACAGGACAAUACAGAUGGAGAUUCUCAUUGCUUCAGAAGGCACACUCUGAACUAUCUUCAAGAGAUUGGCAAUGGCUGGUUUGGAAAGGUUAUCCUGGCCGAGGUGUUGUGUGACUGCAGCUCCUCUCAAGCUGUUGUAAAGGAGCUGAGAGUCAGUGCCAGCCCAUUGGAGCAGAGGAAGUUCCUGGCUGAAUCUGAGCCAUACAGAAGCCUACAACAUCCCAACAUACUCCAAUGCUUGGGCCAGUGCAGUGAAAGCAUUCCGUAUCUUCUAGUUAUGGAAUUUUGUCAGCUGGGUGAUUUAAAGAGGUAUUUGAGAGCUCAGAGGAAGUCAGAUGGCAUGACCCCUGACCUUUUGACCAGGGACCUUUUAACCCUGCAACGUAUGGCAUUUGAAAUCACCUCUGGGCUGUUGCACCUUCAUGAAAACAACUACAUUCACAGUGAUUUGGCUUUAAGGAACUGCCUUCUCACUUCAGACCUGACUGUCAGAAUAGGAGACUAUGGUUUGUCCCAUAACCACUACAAGGAGGAUUACUACCUAACACCAGACAAACUGUGGAUCCCCUUGCGAUGGAUUGCCCCUGAGUUGUUGGAGGAAUUUCGGGGAGGACUGAUAGUCACUGACCAGACUAAAACCAGCAAUGUCUGGUCACUUGGGGUGGUGAUUUGGGAACUUUUUGAAUUUGGCUCUCAGCCUCACAGACAUCUGAGUGACGAAGAAGUGUUGACCUUUGUGAUUCGAGAGAGGCAGAUCACACUGGCACAGCCCAGACUCAAGCUUGCCCAUGCAGACUAUUGGUAUGAGGUCAUGCAGUCUUGCUGGCUGCCCCCAUCCCAGCGCCCCUCCGUUGCAGAAAUCUUCCUCCUCCUGUCCUCCCUCUUGGCUGCGGAACGACGAAUGUGCAGGAGAAGUGUAGGAGAGGAGGAUGAAGACGAAGUUGAGGACGAAGAAGGAGGGGGGAGGGGGAGGAGGGGGGAGAGUGAUGAGUCUUUCGAGAGGCGGUGGGACUCCCUUCGUCCCCCAGCCUUCCAAGCGGCAGCAAGUGAGCGACAGAGAGAGAGGGAAAGAGAAAGGGAGGAGGGAGGGUGCAGGGGUGCGAAUGGCAACUCCUUCCCUCUGCUAGACCCAGUGGGGAACACCAUCGCCCCGUCUUCAUCUGAACUCGACGACAUAUUGACAGUAACGGAGACCAGCAAAGGACUGAACUUUGAGUAUUUCUGGGAGAAGGCCCAUGGGAGGCGUGGUUAUAAACCUCUCCCGCCUCCACAACCAAUCCCGACUGCUAACUCCACCCACAGACACUCCCUUGACACACCCACUGUCGUCCCGGUGAUCAGUGCUCGCAGCCCCUCAUUGGCCAGUGAGUACUACAUCCGUUUGGAGGAACACACCCCACAGGACAAAUCCCCUGCUCUUAAAGGGAAAGCACACUCUUUGCCUGGAACUAAAGGCCAUCAUAUCAUGAGAUCAGACUCAAUGUGCCCUGGGGAUUUGGAACUGGUGGAGAUUCGUAGCAGUGCUCUAGGGAAGGACAGAGCAGCGUUCAGCCCUCAGGAUGAGUACAAGAAAGGGAGCAAGCUGCUUCAGACCGUGAGGUCCAGCGAAGUUCAGGUGCUAGUGCCGAACACCGGUUUGGUUGAGUUCAGUAAAGAGGGUUGUAACAGGGUGACGGAUUUCGCGGUGGUGGACAUUGGGGAGAAAGAGGGGGGAGUAGAAGGAGAGGCUAAGCAAAAAUUCCCUGGAUCGUCGUUGGGUCCCCCGGCACCUGCCCUCCCUCCCAAGCCCCGCUCCGUGUCCACCUCGUCCACUAAUUACCUUCACUCCCGUCCUCUCCCAGCCCCUCCGCUCGGAUAUCACAGAGCUCAGGGCUUGGCGCAUUUUUCUAGCUCCUCAUUCCCAAUCGGAAAAAUGGAGUCUGCCGACCCUCCGUUGAUGAGCAACUGCACUGGUUCAAAGGCUACUUUUGACCCAUUAGGGUUCAAUCGCCCACGCCAGACCCUGCCACCCUCCCCUUCUCUUUCUCCCUCCAUACCCCCUUCUUCUGGCACCCAUCCCUUGUUCCCACCACCUCAUUCCCCUCCUCCCCCUCUCCCACCCCAUUAUAAACUUCAAAGGGGUCCUUACCCUAACUUCCCUGGAGAUGCUUAUUUCAAUCAAGCAAACAAACCCACAGUGUACUCACAAAGAGACCCAUUAGCCUGUGAUUAUCCCGACAUGAAACCGUUCAGCAAAGGCAUGAGACGUUCACAGUCUCUGCUCAAUUCAAAGGACGUGAAAGAGUUCCACUGUCAGUCAAAAGAUGCUGAAUCCCCAAUUCGCCAAGAUACACUUUAUCCAAAAAUGACCCGCUCUCAAUCCAUGAUCCCAAAAAUAGAGAGAGAGUGCUCCUCAAGCCCGACAUAUUCAGACGAGGAUGAUUCACCAUUUUCCUCACCCACUAAACCACAUAGUGGAACUGCCAUCAAACACAUACAUUUAUCUGAUGAUCUAGAUCCUGCUACAUCUGAGCUCAUCUCCAGGGGGAUGAGGAGGACCCAGUCCCGCCUCGCCACCAUUCUUCCAGCCAUUUGGCAAGAAGAUGCUGAGUUGCUGAAGGAGGGCGUGUCUGCGUCCAAAAAAUCCCCCAUGCACCUGUUUCUGACUGAGAUUUCCAACGUUAGUGAGUCUAGGGACACGAAGUUUGAGGAUAGCUCGUGGGAUUUGGGGAGUGACUCAAAAGGUGAGUGCCAGAAAGGGGGUGAGAGAGCAGAACCCUUGGUCUGUCCUACUCAAGGGAUGCGCCGUUCCCAAUCGCUGGUGACAGAGCUGGGCUCUGCAAAACAAGCAUGGGGACCAAUAGAGACGCAGAAGGACACCAGUGAUGUACUCAGAAAGGGACCUUUCCAAACAGAAUUGUUCCUUACAGAAAUCGAUAGUGGAAAAAUGGAUGCAGAGGCCAGUGGAGAUGUGGAAAGAAACUCUGAACGAAAACUGCCUCCUCUCUGGGACUCAAAAUCCCAUCACCAACCCUACCCCCCUGUUCUCCCUACAUAUGCAGAAGCAGAGGAGGCCUUCACUAGAGGGAUGAGAAGGUCUCGUUCUUUGCUGUCAGAAAUAACUCCAGGAAGAUCAGACACACAGUCCCAGAAGAGUGAAAUGACAAGGGAAGACUUCUUGAAAGAGAUCCGAUCAGCCGAGACCUUUCUGACAGAGAUCAUGUCAAGGAAACAUGGAUCUGCCUCAACCAAUCUCGAGAAAGACGAAUCUCUUACUAAUACUCCAGAAUCACCUGAAUAUGAAUCAGUAUGCAUAGUUCCUGAUUCUUCUCAAACUAUUAGAUUUCAAAGUGAAAAACCACCCAGUGCCACAGAUGGAUGUCGCGAAAAUGCAACAGAAGCUAUUUAUGCACAAGUUACAAAGCGUUCGAAGAGAACUGAAAUUAAAGUCCGCCCUGAAAUUCCAGUCCUGCAGAUUGGAUCAAACAAUGUAACAGCAGAUACACCCAGCCUGGAACAAGGAAAGUUUACUAAUGCAACUAGCCCAGUCAAUUCCCCUGCAGGGAAAUUAGAAGUUUGUGAUGCAUUGAAUUCACUGACUAAUUCUGAAAUUCAGUCACAGUCUAAAUCACAGUCCCAAAGUGAUGGUUUUGUAUUCUCAGAGAUAAUGCCAAAAAAUGGGCUUCUCCUUGAUCAGAUAUCUCCAGGGAUGAAAGAAGACUCAGUGCCUAGGAAAGCCAGUCCUGUUGGGAUAGAGGAGAGAGAAGCAGAGGCGAGACUGAAAUUAGGAUCAACUGAGCAGGGGGAGGGAGUGUCCAAAGAUAGUUCUACUUUGCCAGACUUUUCUGGAGGGGAACUAAAAUCUAGACAAGGAGUAGAGCUUUCAAGACAGUCAGAAGUCCAGUCCUUAUCUCAGGACGGUGUCACUGAAGUUACCACAGACUCAUUGGUGGAAUCCAACAAGCUGGACUCCCAUCCUUCUACAAAUGAUAUAGAUGGCAACGGUCAAAUGACUGCGGGAGAAAAGAGUAGUGAAAUUACAGAGGCUCUCUUGGAACAAAGCACUGUUAUACCUGGUGGACAGACACUAAAAGCUGAUGACAGCAUUUUGCAUGGCUUGAAGACAGACGGGUGGCAAGCAGAUCAGAGGAUUGUGAAUGAUGAUUUUUCCAAACAGUCUGGUAAUAUCCCUUCUCACAUGGAUGUAUCUAGUAUCGGUCUGAGUUCAAAAACCCCUGACAGUCUAAAUGAAACAAGGUCUCAAAAUCUUUCACAACACUCCAGUGUGUCAGAUAAAUCUGUCGAUGACAGAGUUUUGAAAAAAGAUAUGUGUCCAGAAAUUGUUCAAAAGAAAGAAAUAACAGACAUUAUGGCUCACUCUCAGACCUCAAAUAUUGAAGCUUUUUCUAAAAUCAACAAAAUUUCAAAUACACCGCAAAUAGAUGCUGAGAUUUAUUUAGGCAUAGUAGGGCACGACAGCCAUCCUGAAACAGAAUGCAAGAUCAAAAACAUAGAUGCCUACCCUCAGGACUUCUUGUCACCAUUGGGAGAUAAAGGCACAGACAUGACUCCCCUACCCCUUGUUUUGGACCCAACUUCAGAGCUCUCAUUUUCUGUCAAUACUCCAACAGACUCAGCUAUGUCACCUUUGACAUCCAGUUCUUUGGAUUGUUUGACGCCUGGAGACCCAUGGGGGGGAGGAGGCACUGGGUGGAGAGCGUUAGGAACUGACACUCCUUACCGGGAUUCUGCCUACUUUUCUGAUAGUGACUGGGAAGGGGAGGGUGCAAACAGGAGGAGUGGAGAUGGGGUGAAUCUGUCUCGUCCUAGCAGCAGCAGAAGUGGAGAGAGGGGGAUGCUGAUGGGGAUAGAGGAGAGAGCAGAGGUAGAAGAGGAGGGAGAGACAGAGGGAGAAACCUUAAGAAAAGAAGUAAAUAGGACAAAGGACCAGAUGGAAGGAACACUGACUUCAAAUGAAAAGAUGGCAGUGGAGACAGAGAGGGAAAUACAAAACCGCUGGACGGAGAAUAAGAAGAUUGCAGAAAUAAGUGCCAGAGAAAAAGAACCGUCCCUCAAUGUAGAGAAUAGACUCAGGAAAGCAGCUGAUCUUGAAGAAAGAAAUAUUGGUCUGAUUGAAUUAGCUCACGAUACAGAGAUGGAUUCAAAGCAGAAAGAAUUCACUGAAAUAUCCAGCAAUCUAUUUGAAAGGACAAAGGGCACAGAUCCAAAUUUGAAAGAGCUUGAUAGCCAGGCACUGUUUCCAGAAAAGACACAAACUGAAGGUAGUGCUGAGUUCAUAGCCAAGUUAUUCUCAACUUUAGAUUGUCAACCUUUAAAAGAUUUCUCAUACAAUGACGGAAAUGAGGUGGAUUACAAAGUAUAUUCCCAUAUUGAUAAUUAUCACAAUAUGGGUGACAAGGCCCAGAAUGAUUCUUUUAUUGAUCUGUUGUCUGAUGGAAAAACAAAGGAAAUUAUUUUUCAGGAUCCAGUGGAGAAAGAUUUCAAGUCUGUCUGUAAUGCUGUUACAGAGAAAGACAGUUUGAGAGGAAUUCCUGGUAGUGAAAUAUACCCAGGAAUGAAGGAUAAUGAGCAGGAAUCCAAAAAAGAAUUCCUAACUAAUGCAUCACAUUUGAAUUUCAAAGAUAAGAGUGACAAAGAUUUGAUAUUGCCAGAAUACCAUGAAGUAAAUGAUGAUGGGCAACAAGGGUUACCGUCAUACUCCAGUCCUGACAACAGAGAAUCUAGACUAUGUAGGUUCUAUAAUGUAGUAACUAGUGAAACAGGAUCCAAGGAUAAGUUUGAUUCAGUGUUGGAACCCAACCAUGAGGGGCAUACAGACAAAACAAAAGUGCAUAUCUCCCAGUCUUAUUGGGGAGAGAGGAUUAUUGAAACCCCUACCAGAAAAGAUGCUAAUGACUCUGAGGUCCAGCAUCAAGAUGCCAAUGAGCUGGGCUUAAGGAAUCUUUGUUACUCAGAGCAUAGCAAUGAUGAGAGAGCUAACUCAGAAUCAGAAACCGAAAAGCAGUUAGCUGCUGGGGAACUCUGUUAUACAAUUCAGGAGAAUCUGGACAGUGACAAACAGGAUGAAGGAAGAGCAAGGGAAAUGCUAACCGAGGUCUCACCCAGGGCAAGUUUCAUUGAGAGUUUGGAUAUGGAGUCAAAAGGAUUACAGCUGAAAGCUAAGGAACUGUGGAAUGCUAUGGAGGAAGAGGAAGAAGGAACAGGAGGAGCUGUGAGAGGAGAGUUAGACUGUUAUCGAUUCAAAAAAGGAGAUCUCCAUCUGUGGCCAGCAGAAAAUGACCAGUGGGCCUCAGCAGAACCUGUGAAUCAAGAGGUGGAACUAGGAACAGAGCUCUUCUCUGGUUUCAAUAGGGAUACAUGGAGAGACAAAGAAGAUGUGGCUUUGGGGCGUGGAUUCUGGGAGGUUGAAGAGAAUGAUGAACUUGCAGGAAGCGAGCCGCAUCCUUCUGUCUUUUCAAGUUGUCAAGACACGGUCAAUGAUGAGAGGCAAGGACAGGCUGACUUCCCUCACAUAGAUACAAAAUUCUUAGAGAUGCAGUCCAUGCCUAGCCAGGCUUCAGGUGUCAUGGAAAGCCAGUUAUUGACUGACCAUGGACAUGGGAUACAGCAGGAGGAGAAUGUUGAAAAUCCUGAUCUGGACGUUGAAGGACAAGAAAUUAGAGAGGAAUGUACGAUUUUAGAGGUAGAGAAUUUGGAAAACCCAGUGCAGGAGAGUCUCACCCAUACAAAAAACGAGGAUAGUCAUAGUGGGACGGGAAGAGAUUUUGAAAUACAGAAAGGCGACACUGAAAGCCCUAAGAUGCCAUAUUUGCAACAUCAGCUGGAAGGAGAUUUUGCAGAAGAAAAUCAAAACUUCAACAGAUGUUCACUGCCUGCAGAUGGAAACCAAAAGUUAGAUGUUGUCAGGAUGGAAGAGAACACCAGCUGUCUUCAUUCAUUUAAUCAUAGUAAAGAAAACCAAGUCACCCACUCAGAUGUUAACAGAGAUCUGGGAGUGGAUUGUAUGGAGAACAGUCAGAUUCUGGGCAUAGGAAUAACUGAGGAAAAUGCAAAAGAUCAGUUCUGUGGUGUGAAAGACCUCCCAGUUACAACUGAGAAUAUAAAUUCAAGUCAAUCCAUUUGUUUUACUAAUGCAUUUCAGAUAGAGGUUGAUGCUGACAUUGUGGCAAAUGUUGAGAAUGAAGUUCUCAACAAACACCAAGGUGAACCUGAACUGUCCUGUCAGGAAUUGCUCCCUGUGGAGACUGAAGAUAAGAAAACCUUUGAAAAUUCAGGCAAAGAAGCAGAAAACCAUGUUUCUUGUACUGGCCCCCUAAAUUCUACAAAUUCCAGUGAUAGCUGCAAUGUUCAAGGUUUAGUUCCUCAUCUGGACUCAGUGAAGGAAGACAUUUCUAAUGAUCAGGUCUCUCACACCCCAAGUGUUACAGAAUCCCAAACCAAUUUACUAGCAAAUAUGUCUCAAAGCCCAAACAGUUUUCAUAAUGAAGUUCACUGUAUGGAAAUCAAGGAUGUCAGUGAUACAGGUUUAUUCCUCUCCCACACAAAAACUGAAUCCCAAACAGCAGCUGUUGCUGAAACCCAGGAAGAUUCAUCCUUUGCAAAGAAGCAGGUUGAAUUUACCAGCAGUGAAACUUCUACACAAAUCGAAAACUACUCACAAAUACUUAGUUCUAGUACAGACUCAUCUAAUGUUCAAGAAAAGACAAAUUCCAAAAUUUCAGAGGUAAUGGUAAACUGUGAAUCUAACCAGCUGUAUUCUGAGGGAGUACAAGAUUGUGAACCUCACAGAGACUCUGGUUUGUCAGUACUCCAACACUGCCAUCAGAAUACAGACAUAUUGUCUAAAGUUGAGACAACUUUGCAGUCAGAACACAGUCCUGUUGUGGUGCCCAGCUGCACCUCCACUGUGACUCUGGGAGGCUGUGCAGCCCCUCAAGAGUCAUCCGGGGAUUUCACUCAGAACAAGGGGACCUCUGCAAAUCUGGAGGCUUCACCUGUACCGCUAGCUCAAAUCUGCCGUCCCACUAAUCAACAGAAUCUCUGCCAACCUUGCAGUGUGGGUCAAAACGAAGAAAACACCAUAUCCCAGAAACUCUCCCUCCCGUCCUUCUCCCAGUGUUCACUCACUUCUAUCCCCGAGUUAUUGAUAUCUGAGUGGAAGGACUUAGAUGAGGAGCCCUUGGAAGAUUUUGAGAAGCUUGAGCAGCUGUGUCGUAUUUCUGGGGAUGAAGGCACUCUGGGUGAUCUCUUCUUGGAGAACCUUGAAUUAUUGGAAUCCCUGAAAAAGACCCCGGAGCAAAAGUCCAAAGGUUCAGCUGAGAUGGGGAUGGGUAAAGAAACGUCUUCUACUUGGGAAGGGGAGAGGACAAUGCACCUAAAAGGAGAGGCAGGGGGAGUCUCUGAAAGUUUCGUGCCCACAUCAGACAACGCCGAUCAACUUCUGAGAUCCAGGCUGUAUCAACAACCUGAUGGAAGUCAAGAAAUGGUCCCAGGUCCUUCCUCUCUUGUGCAGUCUCCUUUUGGAGAGGUGAAGCCUGGAUCUGAGGAACGAUCACUGGCUUCACCAUGCCACCCUUCUGAAAAAAAUGUGGGUCAAAGGUCACUGUCCAAAAUGCCAGCUAAAAAUGGAUUAAUGAUGCAGGUGUGUGAAGAGAGAUUGCAGUACUCCCUCAGUGAAAACGUAAAGAAGAAUGUGCUGUGGGGGUCACCCGUGAGUGAGUCGGUUGUUCUCCGUCCCUGGAGCGACCCCAUAACAGAGGGAGGAGACAGACCAAGAGAAAAAGACAGUCAGAGCAGUGAUCACAAAGAGGAGCCCCAGCCUGCAGCUCAUUCUGCCAUUUUUGAAGAACCCUUCGUUGCCACUCGGGACCCACUGACUUUGGCUGGACAUGAAGCUGAGAUCACACCUCCUUUGGUUGUAUCAAACCAAGCAAUGAAAGCCAAACUAGCACGUCUCUCCCUCUCCCUGCCCCCUCUUGCCCUCUCUCUACCUCUCUCUCCCAGUCCCCGGGUAGGAUUUUGGGAAGGUGGGGGGAAUAGAGAGAGAGGUGGGCGAAGAAGGGGAGCAUCUACAGGAAGUGACCCUGAUGAAGAGGAUGAAGAAGAGCAAGAAGAAGAAGGGUCCAGGAGAGUGAUUGUUGUCACAGAGACAGAUGUGGAUAGACGUGUGGGGUUGAGGAGCUCACUGAAAUCACCACGGGAACCAACAGAAAGAGAAAAAGAGAGAGGAAGAAAUGUGUCUUUUUUUGACGAUGUCACUGUCUAUCUCUUCGAUCAGGAGACACCAACCAAUGAGCUUAGCACUGGCUCUGUACCCACCAGUCCAUCUCCUUCUCAAGAUGAAUCAAGAACUGCCUCAUCUAUAGAGGCAUUAGCAGCGAGUGGUGCUGUGGAGUCCAGGGAAAGUGACGAUCUGUCAAUCAACCCCAAGAUGUCAGGAGCUAAUUCUGUGACAUCACGCUUUACUGUUAGCCCUGCCCAUGACCCUCAUUUAGUCUGACACGCUUUUCUUACAUUUUACUGAAGUCAGCCCUCAAACAAAAAACCUGAAAAUACUACUGAAGUUUAUCCUGCUGUUCACUGUUGUUAGAGUUACUUUAAAGUGAUGCAAAGACUCCCAUUCUAGAUGUUUGAGACAUUCCAGGUUUUACCAGCUGCAGGAUCUUGUAUAUGAAACUCCACCUGGAGCUGGAUAUUUGUUUCCCUUUUGUCGCCUCAUUUGAGGUGUAUUUGCAGACAUGGCAGUAACUUACUAUUUUGUGAUAUCGAUAUAGAGCCUGUAGCUUAGUAAAAUCUGAAACUGAUUUAACUGCUAUGCAAUGGAAGUCUUUAUGUACCAUCUCUUUCCUCUCUCUGUACCUCCCCUUACAAACAGGGGGUGCACUUUCUCUGUUUCCUGCCUAUGUGUAAGCUUGAAUUGAAAUCAUUACAUUGUAAUAUAAUUUUCAUUUGCAGUCGACUAUACAUGUAUGUCCCAUCUGGGAGGAAGCUAUUUGAACGUACUCAACUAUUUGAAAGUACUCAUUGUAUAAAAAAAGAAACAAUUGUGAAUCUUUCAAGUGUAAACAAGAUUAUUUUAGACUCAUUUAUUUUAGAAUUAUUCGUAGAAUGCAUGAAAAGAUUAAUAUCAACAGUUCACUUUUUAUGAUUUAUACAUAAUUUGUUUUUUAAUUUAUGUCAC